CCCUUGUAUCGUACGGAAGCGACCAUGAUUGAAGGUCAGCCGAAAACAUGAAGUUUUGCAAAAUUUUGAGGCAGUCAAUCGAUUCUUCGAACCCCGAGUGGGCUCCAUUUUGGAUAAAUUACGAACUAUUCGAGGUACGAGCUGGACGCCUCUUUCGAUCAGCAUUAAGAUGCAAAUACUAUUAUUCUGAGACGCAAUUAAAACUAAAUACCAUGCUUUUUUGUUUUCCUAGAAUAUAAUCAAAGAUCUUCCCGCCGUGGUAUCCAUUCAUACAAAUGAGAUUGGCAACUGCAAGUUCAUCGUCAAAAAUCCUAAGGAGGUCGAAUUCUUCAAACAGUUGCAUGCCGAAUUGAAGAAAGUCUCUAUUUUCUUUACGAAAGCAAAGAAAGAAAUCAAGAUAAGAUUCGCCCGUGUUCAAGACGGAAUUAAGAUUAUUCACGAAUCCGACCACGUAACUACGGCUCAAGAUAAAUGGAUGUUGUCGGCAAGGAGCGCAUUCAAACUUCACAACAAUCUCUUGUCRCUUGAAACCUUCGCAAUCAUAAAUUAUUGUGCCUUUUCAAAAAUUCUAAAUAARCACGACCAGAAAACAGGAUACAGAACCAAAAUGGCAUUCAUGGAAAAUGUUGUGAGCCAAUCAAGUUUUGCAGUAUAUCCUGAUCUCCUUGACAUGAUUCAAUGUUGCGAGGCAUUCCAUGAUCAGGUCUCGAAGAACAUUGGUCGCGAAGAAASCCACAAACUCGGUAUGGUUGGUACGUUGCACGCUCCUCUAUCAGUAACGAAGGAAGGCGUUACCUUUGGCAAAUUCCAGAUUCUUGAAACAGAAAUUGCACCUAUUWGUAACGUAGAAAUGAACGAUACCAAGACAGAUGCCGGGUUCGGCAAGAGGAGCUUCGCCCAGAUGCUUGCAACAGAGAUUGCAGCGAUCAAGAAAGAGGGUAAACAUACUGAUGCAGGAAUCAAAACAUUCGCGAGGACUAUAACGGAAGGGAUCGGAAGACUUCGCAAGGUAUCCGAAGAUUCUACAGCACUUGAAAACUACAUUCUAGGCUAUGGAAAAAUGCCAAAGAAAAGCGAGUGCCGCACUGUCGACUACGAACGGCACCAUCUACAGAAUCGACUUGUUGGGACGGUUAUCCGGCAUGCAAAGAAACAACGACUAAAUUAGGAGAAAGAACUAGAUCAAUACUAUUAUUCUUCAAUUGUGGAAUCUACUUUUGUUGUACCUCAUGAGGACUUCGAACUUCUUCGCAUAGAAAAGGUAACGCA